UAAAGAUCAAUCAUGCUAUAUGUAUAAAAGUGAAAUGAGUAGUAUAAAAUAUUAAUUGAUUCGGUUCAUUGCUACAGCCUGCACCACUAUUACGCAAUGUUGAGAAGCUUAUUGUGGAUCGUCUGUCUUAUUUUAACAUUGAAUAUGCAAAGAUCCUUGUCAGAGGAGGAAGAAAAACUUAUAUCUAUAUUCAAGGAGAAACUAGGCAUUCCAAAAAACAUUGGUCCAUAUUACAAUGACGGAAAGGUUGGUAUCUCGUAUACUGGAGACAAUGGCAAACAAGUUGGAGCUCAUGUAAAAGGAAAUGAAGUUGGAAUUCACGGAAAGACAAAGAUAGGAGGAUGGGAAGUGACAGGGGAAUUAAACAAAGGAGUGGGCUCUAAAGGUGGAGUUGGUGGUGGCAUAUCCGUGUCUAAAUCGUUCAGCGGAGGUGGGAGUAGUUGGUGGAGAAGGAAAAGAUCCAUUGCAUGUAUGGCACAAUGUAACAAUGCCUGCAGUCAAUCAGUAGAAACAUGUGUAGUAAACUGUAUCAGAAAUAUGUGUUAAAAUAUAUCAACUGCUUAAA